GCGACGCUUAUUCAGUACCCGAAUGUCGUGGCGACAGGUAGUCGUGUCGUGGUGUUAUGCACGCAAUGAGUGAUCCUACGGCUUUGGCUGGCAUGUUACCUUUUGAUUCCAUUGGACUGUACGAGCAACCUAAACCGAGAUUUAUUUUCAAAAUGCCGCGAGUGGUGCCUGACCAAAAAGCAAAAUUCGAAUCCGAUGAUCUCUUCAAAAGGCUGAGCAGGGAAAGCGAGGUGCGGUACACUGGGUACCGCGACAGGCCGCCAGAGGAGCGGCAGAUGCGCUUCACUAGCGGCUGCCGCGAGGGGCACACGGAAAUCGCCUUCACGGCCACCGGCACCAACUUACAGCUGGUGUUCGACCACUCGCCAUACAACAACCGCGGCUGCGACUUCCAGAAGGAGAACGGCAAGGUGCACAUAGUGUCGCGGUUCAUAAUGAACGGGGUGUGCGUGAGAUGGCGCGGCUGGAUAGACUUGGAGCGUCUGGAUGGUGCAGGGUGCUUGGAGCUGGACGAGGAGCGCGCGGCGAUCGAGGACGCGGCGUUGCGCGAGCAGAUUGAGAGGUACAACCAGCGGCUGCGGGACUUCGAGGACAAGCAGCGCGCGUACCGCGAGCACGGGGAUGAGUUGCGCGCACAUUCGCACGCGCACGCGCAGCGCUGCCACCCGCCGCGCGCGCCUCACGCCUCCCAUCCUGCGCAUCCACACCCGCCGCACCCCGUCCACAUAAAGCCGCACUCGCAGGGUGCUCUCAUCUCCUAGAUAGAUCAUCCUGUGAUACAUUGCACGUUGGCACAUAGCGCGGAAGAUCACCUGUCAAUGUGACUGCAAUGUUUACUAAUGGAUUCGCCGCGACUUACGUUUAAGCUCUGCCACGGAACUUCUUUGCCCACUGGAUCCUAAUAAGAUUUAGGGGCAUCAAAAAAUCUUUGAUAACUUUGAACCUAGAUACUCAUAAAAACCUAAUCAUCAUUACCAACUGUAAGUAGUAGGUAUACAAACUUCUAUUACUGAUUUUCUCUUCUUUUCAAUUUAAGAGCUUUAUCGAGCUUUCAUUGUUGCUUAUAAUGCAAGAUCAACUUAACUUGUUGAUUAGCAGGGAAAACAGUAAUUUGCAACUUUGAUUUGAUAUUUAACAACCUACGUCAUUUUUAAAAACACGGUGAUUGGUUAUUUAGUUUAAAUCAGCUUAUGCCAAUGACAUUUUCACCAAAAUGGAAAAACCACACCUAAUAGAUGAUAAUUUUUAUACUUAUAUCUUAGUAAGUACUAUACAGUAAUAUCGUAAUAACUGUAGAUUGUACUUAUUGCAAUGUUAGUUUUAAGUAACUGUUAUAAAGUGAGAAAACUUAGAUCAAAUUAUUAAUAAACCUUUAUCUAAAAACUUAUUGUAUAUCUGUCUCUACUCGUAAUAUGAUCCUGAAUGUAAAGUUUAUACAAAUAAGUCUACUUACCUAAGUGAGAAAAAUAAACUCUGUCAUAACCAAAAACCUAAUUGAUCAAGAACUCCAAAGAAGAAUCUUGUAAGUAAGUAGGUGUUUAAUGUUUUAAUGUAUCAAACACAUUGGUUACUGAAUAGACUACAUUAAUUGUAAUCUGAUAAAUACCACUUCAAUAUUAUUAUGUCUUCAUUCGUAUAUUUACCUAAC